AAACCGAAUAAACCACGGCCUUACACGAACAAGUUAUUUAAAUAAACCCACAGUUAUGACGACCUGGAGUGAACGCGAAAAUACGAUAAUGUUAAUUAAUUAUGUCACAACCAGGCAUUGUUCGCGUCAACUAAUUGCCUUGCUCCCAUUAUUUUGAGGUUUUUAGAUAGAAGUUCCUACAAAGAAAUUUGAAGGUCUUGUGGAACUAAAAUGGCCGAGUCUAUUGUUGACGCUUCAAGACUAGGAGUGGCGACCUCACUUAGUGCUGAGACGCCAAGAAGAGCGGAUGAAUUGAUAGAAAGCGCUAAUAUGGAACGAAACAAAGGAAAAAGCAGAAGCCAGGUUAAAGAGAUGCUACUUAAAGUUCCGGAGUUUAUCAAGAAGAGCAUAAGUUCCACAAUAGGUGAUGAAGAUGAGGAGGAAGAGGAAGAGGUAAUCCAGCGUUAUCAAAUGAAACACGAAGGGUACAUAGACGGCAUGGAGGGGGCGGAGAACACCAUCUUAGCGCUGCGACAGAUAAUCGAGCGACAGUCAAAGAUCAUAGAGCAGCUGGACCAUGAGCUACGACUCAAGCGUCAAGGUUACCUUGACUCUGUCAAGGGUCCCCAUGGAGACGAGGUGCUGGAUGAUCACAUGAUGCUAACUUACAUCAACACGAAGCUGGACAUAUUGACGGAGCACGUGCUGUUUAUAGCGAGACGAGUGACGACUGAUCGAAGGUGCCGGGGUUUGUGUGUAAAGCACGUGCGCACGAGAAAAUGCUUGUGCCAAGGAUUUGACAGACCGCAUCGCUGCUGUGGAAAGAUAGGCGGCAUCUGCGACUGUUGAUAUCCAAGAAGUUUUUCUUCUACUCUUCAUAUUCAGAAAGCUGACUGAAAAUGGUUUUACUUUACCUGAAAAUGGAUUAUUUUAGUUAAAAAAAAAAAAAUCAAUAUUAUGAUUUCUUUAAAUGGAAUAAAGGACAGAGCACUUU